GAAAGUACGAAGAAGCCGAAGCCAUACACCGGCGGACGUUACAAGACCGAGAGAAGGUGCUAGGGCCAGAACAUCCAGACACGCUCACCAGCGUCAGCAACCUUGGUUCAGUCCUUGAAAGCCAGGGCAAGUACGAAGAGGCUGAAGCUAU